AUGAUGUCUUUAUCUAUAGGCAGCCCGAUGGGCAUGGUAUUACUCAGUGUCAUAUUGGGUGUCGGCUAUGCAAUAAGCAUAUCAUUCUACAAUCUUUUCCUCCACCCGCUGCGCAACUUUCCCGGACCUAUAUUGAACCGCAUUUCCCGUAUCCCACGCGCGAGGCAUCUUGUGAAAGGAGACCAAUCCUUCCAUAUCAGGACGUUGCAGGAGAAGUACGGUCCUGUGGUGAGGAUCGCCCCCGAUGAGCUCGCGUAUAUCGACGUGCAAGCAUGGAAGGACAUAUAUGGCCAUCGCUCGAACGGGGAUGAGUUUUCCAAGCCCAGCUGGUUCUACCGCAUCUUCAAUCAGAUACCGGUCGACCUUCUCAGUGAGACGCGCGAGAGGCACGCAGCCCUGCGACGUCAGCUCGCCCACGGCUUCUCCGACAAGGCCAUGCGCACGCACGAGCCCAUCAUCACCAAUUACGUCAACCUACUCAUCCAGCGGCUCCACGAGCAAUGCCACGGCACGACAGCAGUGGUUCCCAUGCGGGACUGGUUCUGGCACACAACAUUUGACGUUAUCGGCGACCUCGGUUUCGGCUCCCCCUUUGGCUGUCUUGGGGGCAACUGCGUCCACCCCUGGAUCCGGCUCAUCACCACGUCCAUCUGGCAGAAUGCCGCCAUGCGCGCGCUCAUAUCUCUCGUCGGCCAGGGGCCGAUGCAGUUUCUGUUUGACACGGGCCUUCUCGCGGGCAAGAAGCACCAGGACAUAAUGUCCGAGAAGCUGGCGCAGCGGAUGGAGCUCGGCCAUGAGCGCCCGGACCUGAUCGAGGGCCUGCUGAAGGAGAAGGACAAUCUUAACCUCAGCUUCAAACAGCUGACUGCCAACUCCACCCUGCUCAUGGUCGCCGGCUCCCUGACCACGGCCACUUUCAUCACCGGUUCCACCUUCCUCCUCGUCUCCAACCCGGACAAGCUGAAGAAGUUGGUGGAAGAAGUCCGCUCCAGCUUCGCCUCCGAGGAAGAGAUCAAUCUUGUCUCUGUCGGUCGCCUCUCGUACAUGCUUGCCUGCCUCAACGAGGGCCUCCGACGCUACCCGCCCGUCACCACUGGCCUGCCUAGGACAGUGCCCAAGGGCGGUGCGUCUGUCGCUGGCCAGUAUGUGCCCGAGGGUACCACCGUCGCCGUCUGGCAAUGGGCUAUCAACCACCGUAGCGACUACUGGAGUCAGCCUUUCGAGUACAUUCCGGAGCGCUGGUUAGAGGGCGGCAACAAGGAGCGAGGGGAUCAGCUGGAUGCGAUGCAGCCGUUCAGCGCGGGCCCCCGCAACUGCAUUGGCCGCAAUCUUGCCUUUGCCGAAGCGCGUCUCAUACUGGCUCGGGUCCUUUACAACUUCGACAUCGAGCUUGAUCGGAGCAGUCAGAGGUGGCUGGCGGACCAGAAGUCCUAUGCGAUGUGGGAUAAGCCCCAGCUGAAUCUCAAAUUGACGCCCGUUGUCAAGAUGAGAGGAGAGUAG